CCAUAAAAUAAAAGAGUUGAAUGGGCCUGACCUACACCGGAUUUGGCCAUCAAGUAAAACAAAUGAACAUCAUUGGUUUGACAUUCUAAAACAAGCUAUUUUCUCUAGCAUAAUAUAUAUUAUUAUAUUAUUUUACAUUUUAGUGGCUAAAAUAUAAUGUAGUUUAACGUUAUUCAAUGGUUCAAUCUCGAUCAACCCAAUUAGUCCAAUUUUUAUCAUUUCAAAUAUAUAUUAUAUAAUUAUUUGAUAUCAUAAUGAUAAAAUUAUAGUGUAUUUUAUAGGGAAUCGUUUGGUAUUUGUUAGUAAAAAACUAAACAGAAAGAUCUAUUUGGUUAUUUUAAACAUUAAAACGAUCCUAAACAUUUUCAGUUUCUUUUGAAUUUCUAUGGUUUUAUUCCCGAAUAAGUGAUGUGCAAAUGGCGAAUUGCAGUCAUCUAUUUUCUUUCACUAUUUUUUAUUUUCAAAUAGAAAGUUUAAAAGUAACGAAUAAUUAGAAUUUUGCAUGGGUCGGUCAAACAGGCUGAAUUUUAAGUUUUGGCCCGUUUUGAUCAAGUCUAAUUUAUAAUCACAUGGUUCCCUGAUACCCGAUAAAAAUCUCAAUCCAAACCAGUUUGGCAGGUGAGUCCGUGUUUACCACCAUUCUCUAGGAAUACGACAACGGCGGUUCCUAUCCCAAAUCGUGUUGUUCGUUCUUGAUUUCCUUAGAUUUUAUCAUGGCCUGACAAAAACCAGAAAGCACAAUGACGACAAGAUGAAAGUUUUAUAAAUCAAAUUAAUGGUGUUCUCUUUCUGAUCUCAUGUAAUUAUAUAAUGAAGUUGAAGUUUUUCGAUGCUAUUCAAUUUCAUUGGUAUGUUUUUAAUGGUCUAACUUCAUGGUUGUACCAACUUUUGAUGUACUGUUUAUGUUCCAAUAUAUUCACUUUGGUAUGAUUAUUAGGGAUAUGCUAGGCGGUACUCACCAUUAGACCAAUUUAGCUUAAUGGUUGAAUCUACGGGUUAUCCCAAUAAUUCAAUAUUCCGCUCAACUCCUCCGACCAACGGAUCGGGUUACAAGCUAGUAGUAAUAAUGUUGACAACAAAGGUUCUUUUUUCGUGUGUGUAUGAAGUCGAACGAAAAUGUAGUGAAAAAUAAUAUGCAGAAAGUCUAACAUCUCCCUCUACCGCGUUAACCGUAAAACGAGUUGGCGGAUUCCACCAAUGCUCUUUCUUGUCAACUAGCUCGAUUCCGAUUCGACGACCAAAACCACAAUUCAGUAAACCGUUCCUUCUCCCAAUUCCUUCAUUCAAAACACCGAAUCAUCUCCAAUCCAGUGCCGAUCUCUCCUCCGCCGAAUUCCGAUCCCUCGCUGAUAGCUAGACCAAUUCCAUUUGUAGCCGUUGCCGCCUCCUCCGCCGCCGGCGUUCUUGUUCGCAGCAUCGCCAUGAGCUUCAUCUUCGGCAAGAGGAAAACUCCCGCAGAGCUUCUGCGGGAGAACAAGCGGAUGCUGGACAAGUCGAUUCGGGAGAUUGAGAGGGAAAGACAAGGUCUGCAAACCCAAGAGAAGAAGCUGAUUGCAGAGAUCAAGAAGAACGCUAAGCAGGGCCAAAUGGGUGCUGUAAAGAUAAUGGCGAAGGACCUUAUUCGGACGAGACAUCAGAUUGAAAAGUUCUAUAAGCUCAAGUCACAGCUCCAGGGCGUAUCUCUGAGAAUUCAGACAUUGAAAUCGACACAAGCUAUGGGAGAAGCCAUGAAAGGUGUGACAAAGGCUAUGGGCCAGAUGAAUAAGCAGAUGAACUUGCCAGCCCUACAGAAAAUUAUGAUGGAAUUCGAGCGACAGAAUGAGAGGAUGGAAAUGGUCAGCGAGGUCAUGGCAGAUGCUAUGGACGAUGCGUUGGGAGACGAUGACGAGGAAGAGGAAACAGAAGCGCUCGUCAGCCAGGUUCUAGAUGAGAUUGGAAUCAACAUCAACCAAGAGCUCGUGAAUGCACCAUCUUCGGCUGUAGCUGCACCAGCAGCAAAGGGUAAGGUUGCACAGGUAGAAUCAGCAGCAGCGGGGGAAGACAGUGGGAUAGAUAUUGAUCUGCAGGCUAGGUUAGACAACUUGAGGAAGAUGUAACCAUUUUUGUGGUGGUAUUCUCGUUAUGCCCCUUUUGUAUUUCUUGUAAUAUAUCGAUUAUAGCUUUUGUGUGACAAGUGCUUUACAUUUUGAGUCAUGUAAUAUAUACAUAUCAUUUGACAAUCGUUCGGUUUUACUGAACCGAACCGAACUCAAACCGAUCGAAACCGAAAUAAUUCUUAUUAGGUUCGGAAUUCGGACGGCUAUAACCAAAAUUUCGGGAGACAGGUACUUGUUAACCGAACCGACAAAUCGAACCGACCGAACGUUCACCCCUGUUUGAUAUCUAGGGUGGCAACGACUUGAGUGUGGUUUCCCUAUAUACCAUUCCGAACAUAAAAAAUCAAAAGGAGACCGGGAC